CAAUAACAAGACGAGGACCAGGACGCGUCAUGGAACACCCAGACGUCAUCAUCGACGGUUACCUGGCGGACAUGUGAUCCCUGGUCAUGUACCAUGAUGUCCUGAUUGGCCACGGGGGGACGGAGGGGGUGGCAGGGGGUGGAGGGGGGCGGGAUCUGCACCCACUGGCCGCGAGUAGAGAUGGACAAUGGUCAAGCUACUGGUGUGUGGCGUUGGAUAAGUCCUGGCAAGGGUGGUCACUUUGUUUAAUGCUUACGUCACAUUCUGUAUAGCUCCACCUGCUUCCCUGUGCGGGGAUUGGUUUUUUAAAUUCAUUCACACGUCCACCUCUCGAACAAUUAGAUUGACAGCCCAUGUCGCACAACAAAUGAUGUCCUAACAUCUAUUAUAAGGAGCUUGGUUUCUGCGUUUAAAAACCCAACACCGCAUCAACUAAGAUUACAUCGCAGAAGUAGCUUCAGAAGAGAAACAAAGCGCUUCCCCAAAAAAAAUUUAAUCGCACCACAGUUGAGGACAGGUGUAGCCAGCACAAAUUAGGUACGUUUGGCUGUGGAGUUACCUUCCAUCUAUAGGAGAGCCCAAGUUUAUGUUUCUUCAUACGUUUGACGACACAACGAGGAGGGAGCUUUAGUGCUUCAGUCAGUUCAGUUUACUGGAAUGUGCAACGAGUGAUAUGUGUUAGUAUUUUUUAGAAUAAUUUCCUACGACUACGAGAGACCGCAGUUCAUGCUCAGUACAUCAGAGAUAAUCGUCCAAUCUUUCAGCUCAUUGUAAAUGUCAGGCUAGCAAUUUGUACAGGGCUCUCUUACUGUUGAAACGCGGUGUGCGCUGAAAACGGAGGCUUAAACCACAGUCACGUGACAGCAGUUAGACGCAAUUGGCUUGAACUUUACACGAAUUACAAAUGGCACCAAACCCCAGUGACAUCGACAACGAGGCAUAUAAUCUGAGCAACCGAUUUGAGGAGGUAAAAGACCCUCUCUUGUACCUGCAAAAACACGACGCUCUGUGCAAAGAGGCUUGGGAAUGGAGCGAGACGGAUAAAUCUUACGACGCCAGCUUGCACGGAGAUGACAACAAGGCAGCGGUGACCUUCCACCCCUUCUGGAGUAAUGGAACCGCCGGAAUCCGAGCUAACAGACCCCUCGUUGGGGAUAUCAACUAUUGGGAGAUUCACAUCGGAGACAGGAUUUUCGGCACCAGCCUUAUGUUUGGCGUCACAACACAGAAAGCGAGGCUCCAGGCGAACGAUUUCAAGAACAUGAUUGGAGAGGACAUUCACGGGUGGGGACUGUCUCACAGAGGAAGGACGCACCACAACGGCAUGUCCUCCUUCUUCUGCAGGAGUUUCCCGGAGCACACGCCAACGAUCGUGGGGAUACUCCUGGACAGACGACGUGGUGACAUGUCCUUCUACAAGGACGGCGUUUGUCUCGGUCAAGAGAAAGAGAGAGAGAGAGCAUCGCCCUUCCAAGGCCUGGACAGAGUGGAGUCCGACCUGUACCCGACCAUCUGCUCCACGGCGGCCAAGAGCGCCAUGAUGGUGGGGACCCGCUACCGCUCCUUCCUCAACCUCCAGGACCGCUGUCGUCACGUGGUGGCGGGCUCUGUGCUGGCGGGCUGUGAGUUCAAGGGGGACCGGGUGGUGAGGGCUCAGGAGCUUCCCGUGCCCCGGAAGAUGAAGGACUAUAUCACGAUGGUUUUGUGAGAUCUGUGACCACGUGAUAGAUUAUCUUGUGGCCACGUGGACUACAUCAUGAUGGUUUUGUGAGUCUUUGUGAGAUCUGUGAGCACGUGGACUACAUCAGGAUGGUUUUGUGAGCCCCAUGACCAAAGAUUCUUCACUAGUGGAUAAUCUUUCCUGUGACUACGUGAUAGAUUAUCUUUUUCUGGAAAAAUUUUAGCCUACGUGGUUGUAAAAACCAAAGGUGCACCUCGUUUUUAUUCAAGUUGAUUUUUUGAGCUUGUGAUAUGAUAGAAAUCUUUGUGAAAACAUCUUUAGCCUACGUGGUUGUAAAGACCAAGGGUGCGCCUUGUUUUUGUUCAAGUUGAUAUUUUGCUAGGCUGUGGCAUGCCAGCUGAGAACAUUUUUAUAUUGUUUUUGAAAAAUGUUCUAUUCAAGUUGAUUUUGUUGCAUUGUGACAUGAUGCUUGAUCUCUGAAGGAAAAGAAAAAACCCCAAACAAUCAGACAACAACAAAAGCAAACAAAAACUGCGUCAUGUUUCUAUGCUGCCAGCAGAUCAGCGAGUUCAAGUUAAUUUUUUUUCUAGGUUAUUAUGAGAUGUUAGAUCUUCCUGAAAACAUCUUUUUGCCAUCGAUUUUUUGUGCUAGGCUUGGGAAAAAUGGUUAUAUAUUGACUCAAUGAGAUCAACAACGUCACAGUCUAUAUGUUGGCUUCUUUUUUUUUCUUUGGUUUAAAAAAAAAAGCAAAACAAACUCUAAAUCCAUCACAUUUCCUGGUUAUAAAAUUUUAAAAUAUCGGACUUUCAUGUAAUAGUCUGUCCCCGCGGUUUUAUACCCCCCAAAAAUAUAAAUGAAAUUACGCAAACUGAGCCAAAAAUGUGAAAUUAUCAGAUUCUAUUAAUUUUUAACAAAGAAUGAUAAGUUUGAGGAAAAGCCCUGUGACAGGGUAAUAUCAAGUUGGCUACAUGUAGAAGACAGAGCUGAGCAGUGGGUAGUUAAAUAUAUACAUACCAUAAUGGGAGUCUUUCCAUCUGUGUAGAUAACUAUCAGUAUUGGUAAUAACUUAAAUAAGCUGCCAGAUACUUUGGAAAACGAAUGCAUUGAUGGUCACAAGUUGAUGGCAUCAUCGUCAUCAUCAUCAUCAUCAUCUACAUCAUCAUCAUCAUCAUCAUCAUCAUCAUCAUCAUCAUCAUCAUCAUCAUCAAUUCUUUUUUAGCUAGGUUUCUGUACAUAUUAUCAUCCUAAUCUGUUACUCCUUCAUGUCCAAUAACUAUGUGAGAUAGUCCUCCCUGACUGUGUAAACCACUGAUCACUGCCACUGUGUACAUUAGACCUCCUACAAACAGAGGAACAUGUCAUUGUGCGUGUAUAUAACUUGGCUGCUCUGAUAUGAUGCUAUCGUCUGCUUUCUUUCUUCUUUUUCGCUUCUUUGAAUUGUUGAAGGGUAGUUUUCCCAUGCACUGUUAAUGUUCCAUCGAAAGGUUUUAAUUAAGUCAAUUCAAAAAGGGGACCUUAUUUAGUUUUCGGCCUCCCAUUUUGUUCCUUUUCUGUAAGCUUAAAGUGUACCAGAUUCUCUAUCAAGCUUAUUGUAUAGAUGGCAACAGCAAAACAAAAGAACAAAAAAUAGACAAACGAAA